CCCCCGGCUCCGCUCCAGCUCCGGCGGCGGAGCCCCGUGCCCGGCGGGGGCUCGGCGGGUGCCGGCCGCGGGGGGGGACCGCGAUGCGCGGGGGGGCCCUCAUCCUGCUCGGCCUCAUCGCGCUGUGCGGGCGGCGCGGGGCGCGGGGCGCAGGACCCCCUGAGGGGCAGCACGUGGCCGGGCAGCCACAGGGGACGCACAUCAGCCAGGACCUGGUGGGACGCAGCCUGGUCAUCGACACGCUGCCGGACAACGAGACGCGCGUUGUGGAGGACAACCACAGCUACUACGUGUCCCGCACCUAUGGGCCGGGGGCCGCGCGCCGCCGGGGGCUGUGGGUGGACAUGGCAGCAGCCGACAGCAGCCACGUGAAGGUCCACGGGAUCCUCUCCAACACGCACCGGCAGGCCUCGAGGAUCGUCCUCUCCUUUGAUUUCCCCUUCUACGGGCACCUCCUGCGGCAGGUGACGAUAGCGACUGGAGGUUUCAUCUUCAUGGGGGACAUCAUCCACCGCAUGCUGACGGCCACGCAGUACGUCGCACCGCUCAUGGCCAACUUCAACCCCAGCUACUCCCGCAACUCCACCGUGCAGUAUCUGGACAAUGGCACGGUCUUUGUGGUGCAGUGGGACAAGGUCUACCUCCAGGGGAAGGAGGACGUGGGCAGCUUCACCUUCCAGGCUGCCCUGCACAGCAGCGGCAGGAUCGUCUUCGGGUACAAGGAGAUCCCGGUGCCCGUCCUGCAGAUCAGCGCCGCGCAGCACCCCGUCAAAGCCGGGCUCUCCGACGCCUUCAUGGUCCUCAACCCGUCCCCCGAGGUGCCUGAGUCGCGCCGCCGGACCAUCUACGAAUACCACCGCGUGGAGCUGGACACCAGCACCAUCACCAACAUGUCUGCGGUGGAGUUCACCCCGCUGCCCACUUGUCUCCAGCACCGGAGCUGUGAGGGGUGCGUGAGCUCCGCGCUGACCUUCAACUGCAGCUGGUGCCACGUCCUGCAGAGAUGCUCCAGCGGCUUCGACCGGCACCGCGAGGAGUGGCUGUCCUACGGCUGUGGCCAGCAGGCAGACGCCAAGAGCUGUGAGGAUUUAGCAGAGGACGACCACUACUCGCCCCCCCCCGACGGCUCCUCCUCGCCGCUGGAUGAGGACAUCACCACCCCCACGGCCUCGCUCUUCAUUGACAGCCUCACUACGGAAGACGACACAAAGCUCAACCAGCACGCGGGCAGUGAAGGUGUGGGAAGCGACCUUCCUUCCAGUAAAGCGGGCGCCCCGAUUCACACCGGGACGAUCGUGGGCAUCGUGCUGGCUGUGCUGCUCAUCGCAGCUAUCAUCCUCGCUGGGAUCUACAUCAACAGCCACCCCACCUCCAACGCCGCCCUCUUCUUCAUCGAGCGACGGCCACAUCGCUGGCCUGCCAUGAAAUUCCGGAAUCACACCAACCACGCGACGUACUCCGAGGUGGAGGCAGCCAGCCACGAGAAGGAGGGCUUCGUGGAAGCAGAGCAGUGCUGAGCGCUUCUUCCCCUGCACCUCUGACCUCCCAUGUCUCAAGUGUUGGAGUCUUCUGUUAUCCUAUCGCAAAGUCUUUCGCCUUCUGGAAAAGAAACAGCAAGUAGAGGGAAAAAGACCCGAUGGAGCGUUGAAGAGAAGGAGUUGGAGCUUGGUGAGGAUGGGACGUGCUGGGACUCCUCAUGGAAUGGCAGAACCCAAAGUGAGGGUAGCAGCUGUGACAGCUGUGCUGCUCUGAGAGGAGCGCGGUCAGAUGGCUGACGUGGCUUUUUGUCUCGUGGUUGGGUUGUGCUGCUUGGCUGCAGCAGAGCUAAGGCUGGCUCCCCAGGGCUCACCUCUGUUCCCAGCCCCUUUCCCCCAGCUCCAUCCCUUUCUCUUUCGCUGUCUUUUGGGAGCGGGCAGCGUUGUGUUUUGUCUUUGGGGCUUAGAAGCCUCGUGCCCUCAUCUUCAUCCUGCUGCUGGUGCUCCGCACCUCGGCUCCUUCCUCUCGCAUCCAAGUACCAGCUUCUCUGCUCUGGAAGAAGGGAAAACCUGUUUUACUUUAAGAGCAAAACCCUUCCAAGGAUUCACCUUCAGAAUCUUUGUGAGCCGCUGGCUCUGAUGCACUUUCUGCCAUCCAAUUAGUUUGCUCAAUUACUAGCUCUGACUCUUACCCUAAAGGAACCAGAGGCUGAAGAGGAGGAAAAAAACCCUUAGGUUCCUUCCAAACAUCCUCGUGGCAUGGCCACGAAUGCAGCAGGAGCUUCCUCAGCCAUCAGUGCAGGACUGGGCCCCAGGCUGGGGAGAGGUGGUAUGGAAAAAGAGAGAAGGCCAAAGUCUGAUGUCAGGUAAAGUUUUCUUUCUCCUACCAAAAACAGAGCGUUGGUUACAUGGGUUAUUUUUUUUUCCUUCUCUCUCGAUCCUCAGUUAUUUAUUCUGAUAUCAUCUUUGGAGCCUAUUUUAUCCACUGGCUGGUUCAGCUGUCACCGGUGGUGAUCACUGCCAAAGGCAGGGUCUGUCUAAUUAAUGUUUUCCUUCUCAUCUGCUGAAUUUAUAUAGCCAUUAAAGAUAAAUAUGGAUGCUUUGUGGCAUUUAGACCCUAGAUUAUACUUUCUCAUACGUAGCCACUAGGGAGACUUUCGCUGCAUCUUAUUAUGGCAUAAAGGCACCAAAUGCUUCUACAGGGUAAGUCAGGCUGAGUCGUGCCAAGUUGUGAUGACCCAGGCAGUCUCUCUUUAGACGUAUCUUGAAGAUAAACCUUAUUUCCAAAUAAAGCUUUCAGCUGGAACGUUGGGUUUUUUUUUCCCUGUUUCCCUGAAGUAGAAAGAAUUCAGAGGAAUGCUGUCAUGUAGUUUUUGCCCCGGAUGGUUUUAAGCUGGUAAGGAAUUUUCCCUGGAUGUCCAUCUUUUCAAAUAAUGGCCUUGUUUCUACUGAUUUUCUUAAUAUGCGUACACAGUAACAGCAAGAUUUUUAGGUAUUCCUCUUCCCCUGCAGCCUCUAAGAUGCUAGGUAACAUCCAACAAGUCUGAAAUGCUGCAUGUUUAAAAGAAAAGAGACUUCAAACGGAGUGCAAUGGAGCUGUAUAAAUCACUGCUGCAUUACUGCAGCCAGAAUCUUAAGAGGAUUCAGAAGAGGAUCAGAUUCUCAGGUGGAGGAAAAACAACAUCCAAGUGCCAUAGCGUAGGAACGACUGCGAUACACGAAGUGUACUGCAGGACAGAUGUCAGGUUCUGAGUGCCUGCAGUCAGAAAAGCUUUUUUUUUUUUUUUUUUCUUUUUUUUGUUUUCCUCCUUAAAGCACAGAAAUGAAACCAAGCAGGCUGUCCUCUGCCCUGUAGGGGUAUGGGCAGGUGUGGUGCUACUGGCUCGCACCUUGGGGCAGAGCAGGUGAGGUUCUGCCUGCAGUCACGGCCUGGGCAGAGGGGUCAGGUCCCUGUUGAGGGGAGAGGCACCGUGUGCUGUGCCCCCCCAUCCUCCCUUCUGUGAGCUCUGGCUGCUUGGUGCUCACACCUGGGAAGCCCGUGAGUCCGCAGGGACCAAUCUCUUCUGCGUUCUCUUUGCACAUGGCUUUGUCGUGGAAGAGGUCGUCUGUGACAUUAAAACCCAACUGUAAUGUUGCUGUUGCCUAGAAGAGAGAGAGAAAUGUCUUUACCAGCACCAAGCACUGCUCUACAGCUGGAGCGAGGCGAGCUGCACCAGGCGCUGCGCGUCCCAUCGCCGCUCCGAGGUCGUGGUUAAUCUUGCCCAUCUCAAGUGCUGAAGCAAGAACACAGCGAGGACAACUGGGACAUUAAAAGCAAAAUCAAAACCUGUCCGCCUUCAGCCAGCAGGAAAACAUGGCAGGGGCUCGGCAGAGAGCAGAGCUAGGCCUGGGGGUCAGCCCCAAAGUGGGAGCAGGACCCAGAUCACAAGGGAUUCUCUCAGUAACUGAAGGCCUACUUUCCACAUACUUGAAUUUACAGCACAGUUGGACUCUUUAGUGGGACUAAAGGCACUUUAACUGUCUUUUAAUGCAAUGUAUUUACUGUGGAUUAUCUGCAUGGAAUAUAGUCUUAAUAUAAAAAAAAAAAAUUCUUCCUUUUUGGACUGCUUUGUUUUCAAAAUAAAACGCGCAAAGGAUUA